GCAGUGAGGCUACUUCACUUAAGAGCUUACUGUAACUAAAUAACUUCCGCUGGUGGGUAGAAAGGACCAAAAAUUAAAUGAAAACUCUCCUCCCACAGCAGGGAAUGUGUGUACGUCUACACUUAGAUUUUGAGCCAAAUAGUUGCUGGACUGGUUAUAUAAAUGACUCAGUGCCUUAGAGGUCAAAAGCAGAGCUGAGGAGUUAAGAUCAGCAUUCCUUCCUAAGAGGGAAACCUGCCUGAACGCUGAUCCCUAUUACUCACUCUUUCAAGGCUGCAUCUUUCCUCUCUCCAGGUGUUUCAACCAUCCCAAGUUUCAUAAUCUCUUUUCAAGCACUAACAAUCAGAACGCCAAGGGGUUGCUGCUGCCUGCACUAGCAGUUCUCCGUCCUAUCCCACUGCCUGUCAGAAUGGAAUGUUUUAGGAAUCUCUCUAGUCUUUUAGUUCUUCUAGGUGCCCAUCUGGUCCAUGCAGUCUAUGGAACAACAGUGGUUCCCCUUUGUCAGCCUGGUAAAUCUUUAGAGAACUGCACAACAGCCAUGGUGCAAACAACCCACAGUCCUAGACCGGCACCAGUGAAAAUUAGCAGGUGUCAACAGGAAAUGGAAAGUUACUGUUGGAAUGGGCAGUGUAUGUACCUUGUGGACCUUGAAGAACACUAUUGCAGGUGUGAAAAGGGAUAUAAUGGAAUUCGCUGUUCACACGCUGAAUUGGCCUACCAGCCUAUGAAUGAGGAGUAUCUGGCAAUAAUAAUAUUCUUGUCAUCCUUGCUGCUUUUGGCAGUUGCAGUGGUUGCAUUUUUUGCAUACAAAUGGUACAAGACAAAAAAAGCCGAAUUUCCCCGAAAUGAAUAUAAAGAAGUCACCAUCCAGAGAAUAUAGAAUUUUCUGUUUCAUUGAUUUCUGUUUUCUAUUUUUUUUUCAAGGUUCAUUAUUUAUUCUGCAUAAUGUAUUAUGUGCUUUGUUAGGUCAAAUUAAAUGUUCAUAUAUACUUGCUGUUAAUUGUAUGAA